CAGUCUCAUGCGCCCCUCUUUCCACAGCGGAGCUGGAGUUCGUGCAGAUCCUCAUCAUCGUGGUGGUGAUGAUGGUGGUGGUGGUGGUGAUCACCUGCCUGCUGAGCCACUACCGCCUGUCGGCACACUCCUUCAUCGGCCGGCACAGCCAGGCUCGCCGGAGGGCUGACGCCCUGGCCUCGGAAGGCUGCCUCUGGCCCUCGGAGACCACCGUCUCAGGAGGCGGAAUCCCUGAGCCACAGGUCUACGCCCCGCCCCGGCCCACCGACCGCCUGACCGUGCCACCCUUCGCCCAGCGGGACCGCCUGCACCGCUCCCAGCCCACCUACCCGUACCUGCAGCACGACAUCGACCUGCCGCCCACCAUCUCGCUGUCGGAUGGGGAGGGGCCCCCGCCCUACCAAGGCCCCUGCACCCUCCAGCUGCGGGACCCCGAGCAGCAGCUGGAGCUGAACCGCGAGUCAGUGCGCGCACCUCCCAACAGAACCAUCUUCGACAGUGACCUGAUGGACAGCGCCAUGCUGGGCGGCCCCUGCCCCCCCAGCAGUAACUCGGGCAUCAGCGCCAUGUGCUACAGCAGCGGCGGGCGCAUGGAGGGGCCGCCCCCCACCUACAGCGAGGUCAUCAGACACUGCUCGGGCUCCUUCCAGCAUCAGCAGGGCAGCGGGCCGCCCUCCCUGCUCCACCACACGCACCUCGCCCCGCUCGAGAGCAAAGAGAAGGAGAAACACAAGGGGUACCCGCUCUAG